AUGCGCCCGAUAUCCAUUCGCGGCGCUUAUAUUGUCAAAUCGGUGGUGGUAUACGCCGUCUACGCAUGCGUACUGUUGUUUUGUAAGUUGAUUGGAGCAAUUUUUGGGCCUCGGCCCUUUACAAAUUUCCUGCAACCCGGUCUGGGAGCCAUUUCUAGGCUUAUGAGGGAACUACCCCAAAUGCGACACUCAGAGUUUCUUAAAAUUUUGCGAACACGUUGCUCAUGAACUAAGAAUCUAUUCUUGAAAGUUUUAGCUAGUGCUUUGCAAGCGCCGCCGAGAAAUAGGCAUGAAACUUUUCGUGUCGAAACUCGGCAAAAAGUGUCAACUUUUUUGCCGACUUUUGACCUAAAAAUCUCGGUUGUUUUUGCAAACCGUGAGCUAGAGUUCUCCCAUAUACUUUAGGAAAAAUAAUUCUAAAUUUGUGCCAAGUUUCAUCAAAAUCUGAGCGUCGCACUUGGGGUACUUCCCUUGUUAAUACCGAUCUUAACGCUACUUUCCAGGCUUCACAACGCUCUACACACAGACCCCCGGAAUCCGGCAGUAUGACGUUCGCCGUCUGAAUAUAACAUUUGGCAACUUCUUUGAGCAGUAUUAUGUGCAUCGGCCGCCCGCCAACGCUUGUGAUGGCGUUGAAGUUUUGAUAUUGAUACCAUCCAGACCCACUGGAAUGGGGCUGGACUUUCGGAACCAGAUACGAGAUUCGUGGCUCGCAAAAGAAGUAGGACUUAUUGAUAUCUUGCGCUUCGUAGAAGAGACCGAAAUUUUUUGGGUUAAAAGUUGGUGAAAGGGUUACAUUUUGCGUGAAUUUUCGCUUGAAAAGUCGAUGGCUCCACUCUCUCCGAGUAUCCAGCACUCUCUCAUCCGGGAAGAUUGUUGGAUAUCUCGGUUGCGCCUACAAAGCGCGAGCCGAGAGCUAAAACUUUCAGCGAUUUGUACAGUGGGGGAGCCUGACUCAGUGGCAAAAAAACGUACCAUUUUGCAUCCAGGAAGUAGCAAAAAUGCGGAAAAAUACCACCUCCCUCUCCAACUGAAAACUCAGACUUCAAAAGCGCGCCCGCUUUAUUCGUGAGGAAAAAACGCCCUUCAAAACGAAGUUUUUUCGCUUGAAGAGUGAGGCAUUUUUCCACAUUUCUAAUACUUCCCGGAUGCAAAAUGGUACGUUUUUUUGCCACUGGAUCAGGUCGUCCACUGUAUGUGGCAGGUCUAAUGUUUUGCAAAGGCUUAAGGAAAUCUAAGCCAUGCAACUUGACGCCCUUCCUAAAUAAUAAUACUAUACAAGUGUUGCUAAAGACGGCUUCAUUUUGUGUCAAAAUUCCAGCCAUUUUUAACCCUUCCUUUCAGCAAAUUCCACCCGGCUACGGCUAUCGCUUUGUUGUGGGCGUGCCGACCGAGAAAACCGCAUCCCGAAUCAGCAGGUUGGAAGCAAUGUUGAUGGACGAACAGAAGGAAAACAAUGAUCUCAUCAUCUACAAUCUGAACGACUCUUAUACUGAUCUGCAUGUGAAGACGUACAUCCUAAUGCAAUGGCAGCAGGAAUUUUGCCCCACCGCCAAAUAUCUGCUGAAGGCCGACGACGACACGGCGAUUGAUUUGAGGCGAUUGAAAACCUACGUAGAUAUGGUGUUUGAAUUGAAACGAAAGAUUUAUCCGCAUCUGGUGUUUGGAAUGGCGUUGAGGGGAUAUCCGAUUCGAGACCAGGGUAACAAGUGGUAAGUUCUAUUACAAUUCAAAUUGAUGAUGAGAAAAGGACGUAGAAAUGUUUUGAGCGCAUCUAAUGGAUUUUUUGCGAAAAAGCUGGGCUUACAUAUCAUUUUGUCGGAAAAAUAAUGAGCCCCAUGUCGUUGCGCCGAUCGCGUCGCCGAGGCGAAAAACAAUUUAUUUUGCCGCAGCACAAGUAAUGUUUUCGGCGAUGCGAUUUUCGACAGAGUGCCCAUUAUUUUCCCGACAAACUGAUAUCAGCUUAAAAAACUUAAAAAAAUCCUUGCGCUUUGCAAAGAAGGCCUUAUACGCAGUCUGGCUUUAACCUCAUAAUCACUGGGUCCGGUUCAACCUCUAAACACUACAGUGAGAAAAACGUACCAUUUUGCACCGGGAAGUAUCAAAAAUGUGGCAAAAUACCACCUUCCUCUCCAAGUGAAAAAACUUCUUUCUGAAGAGCGCGCCCUUUCCCUCACAAAAAGAGCGGGCGCGCUUUUGACAAAAAAUUGCGAAAUCGGAGUUUUUUCACUUGGAGAGGGAGGUAUUUUGCCAUACCUUUUAAUGCUUCCCAGAUUAAAAACGGUACGUUUUUUGCCACUGGAUCAGGUCCCCCACUGUACAUAUUCACUUAGGUACGUGUCCAAAGAGGAGUUCCCAGCAGACGAGUUCCCAUUGUACUGUAAUGGUGCAAUGUAUUUGAUGUCAACGACAGGCGUACGGAGAAUUUUGGAAGUCGCGAGAACUGCGAAAGCGAUUCACAUUGAAGACGUCUUUUUUACCGGGGUACUGGCGGAAAAAGCUGGCGUGGUUCGGUUCGGCGUCGACUCAUUUGUCUCUCCAUUCACGGUGAGUGUCGGCAAAAUUUUUUGUGGUAGUCAGUAGAAAUGGUCGAUAUCUGCAUACAGUAAUAAGUCUGUACUAGCGAUUUAGCUUCUAUGCAACAAAAAAUCCGUACUUCGAAACGGAGUUGGACGAUUGGGAAAACUGAAAAGUAUUAUUUUUCUUCGACGCAAGUGUUGAAAUUAGGAUAAUCGAGGGUGCUGAUUUCGAAAAUGACAUUCAUUUUUUGAUAUCUAUUUUUUCCUGAAGUAGUACUGUAAGGUAGUAAUUUUUUGAAUUUUUUUAAUUUUUUUUGAUUUGAAAGCAACACCAUCGAAGACCCCCCAAAUCGGGUAUUCGCCAAAGGAGCCGGAGGCCUUUUUAAAUUUUGCACGGAGCCAAGAGCCGGAGCUUCAAAUUUGGCCUCGGCUCCGGCUCUGGGAGCUAAGAGCCGAAGCCGAAAUUUUGACCGUAGCAAUCUCUGCUCUCGACUAUCCUAAUUUCACACUUGCAUCAAAGAAAAAUAAUACUUUUCGGUUUCCCAAUCCUCCCAGUUCCUCGCGAAAGUCAGAGGCCCUAAUGUGUCUUUUGGUUCAAAAUUAAAAUUUGAAAGCCUUCCUUCCUGCCAUGGUCGCCAUGUCACGACUUAGGAUGGCCCCUAACUUGCCCUCUACUCCUAGUAUUCACUACCCCCUGAUAACCCGGAGACACAAACUAGAGGACUCUGGCAAUAAAACUGUGAACUCACGAUGUUGACUCCAAUUAGUUUCUACCACCACCGCACUAUCACAAGGGGACUUCCAAUAAUUACCACAAAUAUAUUUAUUUCACCAACGAGAGUCUGACCGAAAAGCGGUCGAUCCAUUACAUUUAUAUCAAAAUAUUCGUGUUUAUGCUAAUUCCUGAGAAUUCUUCACGGAAUCGUGACACUAUUUGCAAUGAAGAAAGUUUUCGACUUCAUAAUUUUACAUAAUUUUUAGUGGCACGCCCGCUGCUUCAACUCCACUCUCCCUCACCCAGUUGGCGCUUUUGCCCUUGGACUUGGCGACAUUACAAAUUAUUUCAAGUGGAUUCGAGACAUGAAAUGCGACGAGAAGAACAGCACGUUGUAUCCGAACGUCUUCACGGAUCCUCGGAACCCCAACAUCACUUUCGACCACGGCUCAGCUCACGUUACCACAUUGCGGGUCUAG